AUGUCUCAAGCCAUUGGAAAUACAGCAUUAGCUUAUGCUAGAGUAUGGCAUUUAGUUGAUGCAAGACAAAGAAUAUUAGGUCGUAUGGCCACGCGUAUUGCAACCACUUUAAUGGGAAAACAUAAACCCAUUUACGAUCCUGCAUCUGAUUGUGGAGACUAUGUUGUUGUUAUUAAUGCAAAAGAAGUAAUAGUAACUGGCAAAAAAGCUGAACAAAAACUAUAUAGACAUCAUACCGGAUAUCCUGGAGGUUUAAAAGAAAUUGUAUAUAAAGAUUUACAAGAAAAGAAACCUGAUGAGAUUAUCAGAAAAGCAGUUUCAGGAAUGUUACCAAAAAAUAAAUUAAGAGAAAAUCGAUUAAGUAGAUUAUAUGUUUUUCCUGAUGAAGAAAAUCCUUAUGAACAAAAUAUUACUAAAAUUUAUGAUAAAACACUUGUUGAUCAAUUUGGAUUGCCCAAACUAACAAAAAGUGAGAAGAGAAAGAAAUUUAAAGAUAUAAAAGCCAUCACUUCUGAAGUAGUUUUUAAAAAUAAAAAAGAAAAUAAAGAAAAUAUAGAAAACAUGAACAAAUAA